CAUAGAAAUAGUACAUGUUUCAUCUUAACCUAAAAAUAUAGCGAAUCGUGUCAGAGGUACGAUUAGUUGAAUAUUUAUUUACGAUAAAUCAUAUGAUAGAUGUUUUGAAUCGCACUAUCGAAGAAAAUUUCUGGCGUCAUGUUCUUAACAAAUGCGCUAUUGAAAAAAGCAAAGAGCAAGCAAAUCUUAGUCAUGGUAGAAAGUCUUAUAAGUGGUCAUCGGUUGAUACGUAUUCGAGACAAACUGGGUGACAAACUGGAAUUUCUACACUACGAUCCUCUUGUUCGACAAGAUGCGCUAUACAGAGAGAAGAGGAAAUUACGUAGUUUGAAGUAGUGUAUAUAAUAUUAUAAACUUUUUAUCAAUGAUGAUAAUAAUGAAAGAUAUUCAUUGUAUAUAUCAGUAUAGUGACAUUCAGAAAUGCAAUCUGUAUUUGUUAUAAAAUACAAAGAUUGGAUUCUAAUAGUAUGAUA